UCUGGUCGCAAACUGUUAAAGAGAAAGAUAGACAGAUCCCUGUGAAAAACAUAAUAUAAAUAUAGCCUAAUAUACAUCUGUUCAUGCUGGUUUGUAACGACAAAUUGUGCCGAGGUAAUGCAACAGCAAUACCGUGGUUACAAUCAUCUGACAUGUGGAUGCUAAGGCGAACAUUGGAAAUAACCGGUGAAGAAAAACCUUUAUUCUUGUAUAUCAUCGCUUCAUAUAAGUACAUCAAUGGAAACGAAUCCUUAAUGUCUGAGUAAUCACCUGUAAACAGAGUGUUCAUGUGUUGGCAUUAACUUGUGGCUUGAUGACACAAAUUAUAGUUUGUCAAUAGACGUCUAGAAUGACGAUCAGAAUGACCACACUUCUGCAAAGGACGCGGCUACUCUUCCGGGCGCACAUAUGUCAUCGCACAGCAAUUGCUACCUCAGUUCAAGGGCAUUUGCCGAUGAAAACCAUCCUUAAAAAGUGCUAUCUCUCAACCAACCACAAACGACCUGCAUCUUCCUCACCCAUGGGUCCGUGUAGUGUGUCACUGAGGAGUCACACCUGCGGAGAGCUUCGGCCUGAACAUGCUGGGGAGAAGGUGGCCCUCUACGGAUGGGUCCAGUACCUAAGGCAGGAUUUGUUUGUUAUCCUGCGGGACUACAGCGGCCUGACUCAAGUUUUGAUAUCUCAGGAUGACGGCAGUUUGAAAGAAAAACUAGGUGAGCUCACAGUCGAGUCCGUCGUCAAGGUUACUGGAACAGUCCGACGGAGACCAGAAGGCCAGGAGAACACUAACAUGCCGACGGGGGACAUCGAGGUUCUAGCUGAGAACCUGGAGGUGCUGAACACAUGCCGAAAGCUGCCUUUUGAAAUCAAAGAUUUUGUAAAGAAGUCUGAGGCCCUGCGCAUGCAGUAUCGCUACCUGGACCUGCGCUCCACCCGUAUGCAGCAGAACCUGCGUCUCCGGUCCCAGCUGAGCAUGAGGAUGAGGGAGUACCUCUGUCAUCAGCACGGUUUUGUGGACGUUGAGACUCCUACUUUGUUCAAAAGGACCCCAGGGGGAGCUAAGGAGUUUUUGGUUCCAUCCAGAGAACCCGGUCGGUUCUACUCCCUCCCUCAGAGUCCCCAGCAGUUCAAGCAGCUGUUAAUGGUGGCUGGGGUGGACAGGUACUUCCAGUUUGCUCGCUGCUACAGGGACGAGGGGUCCAAACCAGACCGACAGCCUGAGUUCACGCAGGUGGACAUAGAGAUGUCCUUCGUGGAGCAGGCGGGGGUCAUGGCGCUAGUGGAGGGGCUCCUGCAGUACUCGUGGCCCCCGGAGCUGGGUGGGCUCAGCCAGCCUUUCCCCUGCAUCACCUACUCAGAGGCCAUGCGGGACUACGGCUCAGACAAGCCCGACACCAGGUUCCACAUGAAGCUGGUUGACAUCAGUGAGGUGUUUGUGAACACGAAGAUAGAAUUCCUCAAGUCAGCUCUCGGCCAAUCAGAAGGCUCCAUCCAGGCCAUCUGUGUCCCUGACGGAGGGAGACUUUUCAAAUCCAAAGAUUUGGAAGCGCUCAAAGAGACGGCCAGGAGUGUGUUUGGACAGGAGCUGAGUGUGCUGGCGGUGAGACCAGAGGGCACACUGAAGAGCCCCCUCAGUAAACAUCUGUCCCCCUCCGACACCGAGGGCCUCCUGGGGGAGACCAGGGCCCGGCCAGGGGACCUGCUGCUGGUCUCGGCCUGCAGCCUCCACACCGUGCGCCCCCUGCUGGGUAAACUGAGGCUGCAGUGCGCUGAGCUCCUGGAGGCCCGGGGCGUCGCCCUGAGGGACCCGACAGCGUUCCACUUCCUGUGGGUCGUGGACUUCCCGCUCUUCCUGCCCAAGGAAGGAGAACCAGGGUCUCUGGAGUCCGCCCAUCACCCCUUCACAGCCCCCGUGGCCCAGGACGCCCAUCUGGUCUACACAGAGCCCCUGCAGGUGCGCGGGCAGCACUAUGACCUGGUGCUGAACGGCUGUGAGGUCGGAGGGGGGUCCAUACGCAUCCACAAGGCCGCUGAGCAGCUCCACGUGCUGAAGAACAUUCUCAAGGAAGAUGUCUCUGUUCUCUCGCACCUGCUGGAAGCACUGGACUCCGGAGCGCCCCCACAUGGAGGCAUCGCGCUAGGUUUGGACCGACUCAUCUCCCUCAUGGUCAGGGCCCCCAGCAUCCGUGAUGUCAUCGCCUUCCCCAAGUCCUUCCGGGGUCACGACCUCAUGAGCCAGGCCCCGGACUAUGUAUCGGAAGAGGACCUGAAGCCGUACCACAUCUCCGUCACCUGGCCCCCUGCCAAAACGGAGGAGAAAUGAAAAUAAAUAAUCAAAAGAUGACCUAGAUCCCAGAUCACUUCCUGGAGGAAGCGUUCCCCAGAGGGAAAGAGAAGAAGAAAAAGAUGAAAAGCUGUGAAGAAUGGGGGGAUGGACUAGCUGGAAUGAUGUGUAUUCCAUGUGUCCCAAAGUGAGAUGGACCCUUCAGCAAGACAAUGUUGAUGAAUCAUUGUAAUUCACAGAAACUGAUUACACUUCGUUUGAAUCAAUCAUGAUGAAGAUUAAAUAUAUGUUUUUACUAGCAUCAGUGAUGAUUGAUUGAUUAGAGUAUUAAAAUAUUGUAAAUAUCUAAAUAUAGCCAUGCAAACAUUAUAUUAUAUAGCAGCAUUAUAUUUGAAGUUCCAAAAAAUAUAUGUAUGCCACAAUUGAACAAAAUUACACCUUUAUAAUAUAUCGAGAAUGUGUGCAGGGGAGUACGAUAGAGUGCCAUAUCGGUAGAAAUUAAUUACAUAAAGCGAAAAUUAAAGCGAAAUAUAUAAACCA